AUGGAUACGGACAGCAACGACAGCUCAAAGGGUGCGCCGAAAGCGCUGUCCUCGACGGACAGGCGGCCGUCGAUUGUGCUGAACGACGACUUGACGGACAUCUCGGGCGCGGAGCCGACGGCGGGGGGCAACGCGACCGGCUCCGGGAGGACGAGAGUGGCCCUAAAGCCCGGCCACUCGCUCAUGGAUUGGCUCAAACUGUGCGCGAAGUCGCCGGACCUGUCGGGCACUGGCGGUCAAGUGACGCCCGUGUCCGUGGACGAGCUCCAGAAGCAUAAUACGGUGGAUGACUGCUGGAUAUCCAUCAGGGGAAAGGUGUAUAACGUGACGCAGUACCUGGAUUUCCAUCCGGGAGGCGUGGAUGAGAUGAUGAGGGGCGCCGGUAGUGAUGGCACGGAUCUGUUCAAUGAGAUCCAUAAGUACGUGAACUUCGAGUCGAUGCUGAAGAAGUGCUUCGUGGGUCCGCUGAUCAUUGAGUGA